AUGGCGACUCCUCCCAGAAGAGGGGUCUCCAGACCCCAGAGACCCAGCGGGGGGCAGAAAGGGAGUGGGACCUGCGUGGGUCCCCAGGGCCACAUGGAGAGGAAAGAGGACCAGGAGCUGGUGUCUGAAGAGCUGGCUGUGCUGAGGAAGGCCCAGGAAUUCUUCCACACCUGUGACCCAGAGGGCAAAGGCUUCAUUGCCAGGGGGGACAUGCAGAAGCUCCAGCGGGAGCUGCCGCUCAGCCUGGAGGAGCUGGAGGAUGUAUUUGACACCCUGGAUGCUGAUGGCAAUGGUCUCCUGACCCCAGAGGAGUUCACCGCUGGAUUUAGUCACUUUUUCUUCAGCCAGAAUGAGCCAUGUCAGGGAGAGGAGGGGGAGCAGCUGGCCCAGCAGCCAGGAGAGGUGUACCAGUCCCGAGGCAUGGACGGCGAUGAGGAAGCCCAGUUCCAGGUGCUGAUGGACAAACUGGGCGCCCGGAAGCUUUUGGAAGAUGAAAGUGACGUCAAGCAACUCUGGCUGCAGCUGAAGAAGGAUGAGCCUCACUUGCUGUCCAACUUUGAGGAUUUCCUGACCAGAAUCUUCACCCAGCUCCAAGAAGCUCAUGAGGAAAAGAACGAACUGGAGUGCGCCCUGAAAAAGAAAAUCGCCACUUAUGAUGAAGAUAUCCAGCGUCUCUAUGAAGAGAUGGAGCAACAGAUCAAGAGUGAGAAGGAGCAGUUUCUCCUGAAAGACUCGGAGCGGUUCCAGGCCCGCAGCCAGGAGCUGGAGCAGAAGCUGUCCGCCAAGGAGCAGGAGCUGGAGCAGCUGACUCAGAAGCAGAAGCGGCUAGAAGGCCAGUGCGCAGCCCUCCACAGUGACAAGGAUGAGACCAAGGCUGAGAACACCAAGCUGAAACUCACAAACCAGGAGCUGGCCCGGGAGCUGCAGCGGACCUCACAGGAACUGCAGGCCGCCCAGCAGCAGCUAGAAGGCCUCCAGGAAGAGGCCUGCAAACUUCACGAGGAGAAGGAGAUGGAAGUGUACCGUGUCACGGAGAGUCUGCAGCGGGAGAAGUCAGGGCUCCUGAAGCAGCUGGACUUCCUCAGGGAAAGGAACAAGCACCUUCGAGAUGAACGAGACAUGUGUUUCCAGAAAGACAAGGCAGUCAAGGCAAACACAGCUGCGUCGAAGGCAAGCUGGAAGCAGAGAUCUGGCUCCGUGAUCAGCAAGUACAUGGACAGCAGAGGCAUCCUUAGAAGCCAGUCAGAAGAGGAAGAAGAUGUGUUUGGCAUCCCAAGGAGGAGAAGUUCCCUGGGCUUGAGUGGGUAUCCGGCUACAGAAGAGGAGCCAAGAGCCAGCGAGUCAGGGACUGGGGGUCCCCUCCCCCGGACACUCCGCAGAAUCAUCUCCAUUGAAGAGGACCCUCUGCCUCAGCUCCUGGAGGGCAGUUUAGAGCAGCCACAGAGCAAAUGCACAGAAGAGGAGGAGGCCUCCCCUCAGGGUGUGGAAGCCCAGCAGGCCCCACCCGUGGGCAUCCUGCCCCAGUCUUCUCGGGGGCAGCCUGUUGGGAAAGAAGCCUGGUCAAAGGAGGAAAGGACUCCGCCCACCCCAGACCGGCUCUUCAAGAUCGUGUUUGUGGGCAACUCCUCCGUGGGGAAGACGUCCUUCCUGAGGAGGUUCUGUGAGGACCGCUUCUCCCCGGGCAUGGCAGCCACUGUGGGCAUCGAUUACCAAGUCAAGACAGUGUGUGUGGACGGCUCUCAGGUGGCCCUGCAGCUGUGGGACACGGCUGGGCAGGAGAGGUACCGGUGUAUCACUCAGCAGUUCUUCAGGAAGGCCGACGGCGUCAUCGUCAUGUACGACCUCACGGCCAAGCAGUCCUUCCUGUCCGUGCGGCAGUGGCUGAGCAGCGUGGAGGAAGCGGUGGGAGAUCACCUUCCUGUUCUUCUGCUGGGCAAUAAAAUUGACAAUGAGCAAGAGCGGGAAGUCCCCCGGGGCCUCGGAGAACAGCUCGCCAAGGAGAACAAUCUGAUCUUCUAUGAAUGCAGUGCCUGUUCCGGUCACAACGCCAAAGAGUCCCUGCUCCAUCUGGCCAGGAUCCUCAAGGAGCAAGAGGACACAGUGAAGGAGGACACCAUUCAGGUUGGCCACCCUGUCAAGAAGAAAUCCUGCUGUGGCUGAGAGGAGGCUGCCCGGAAAGCUCCCCGCUGAGGUCACGGCCCAUCCAGACCUUUGUCCUUGUCUGUGGCUUGCCUCCUCCAAAG